AUGUCCGACGACGAAGUCGACCUGGAGCUGCUAGACCUCAUGCGGAAGCAUUGGGGCGGUGGUGCCAAAGACGAAGGUCCACCAGAAACAAAAGUCCUGGAAAAUGCCCAGUUCAUCUGCGAUAAUAGCAUGGACGUUGCUCUCGAUAUGCGAUCUACCAAAGUCGCCGCACAGCUUGUUUUUGACGAGAUGGAGAAGCGGAACUACACAACCAAGACCUGGUCGGAGCAUGAGCUACACCCCAAAGCAAAAGAUGAGAGCACUGUAAACUUCAUCUUCACCAUGGACCUCCUAAACUUUAGCUUCUGGAGCGAGAAGAACGAGGAGGAGCGCUUCGCGGUAGUGUACAAGGGAAAGAGAUGGACGGGAUAUUGGAGUCUGGUUGCAAUAUUACAACGAGCCUUGGAACAAGACAUCCCAAUCACUAGUCCAGCUUUCUGGGUUGACCAGGAACAAUGUUCAGACGAAGUCCUGCGAACCAUCUUCACUUCUGGUACCGACGAGGAGAUCCCCAUGUUCGAGCAGAGGGUGCGAUGCCUUAGAGAAGCUGGACAAAUUCUAGAGGAGGAAUUCGAUGGCAGUGUGAUCACACUCAUUGAAGACGCGAACAACUCUGCAGCCGGUCUCGUGAACCUACUCGCUGAAAAAUUCAAUUGCUUCAGGGAUGAAGGUAGAUUUGAGAAUAAGAAGGUGCGCUUUUUGAAGCGAGCCCAGAUCUUCGUUGCAGACCUAUGGGCUGCGUUCGACGGUGAGAGCUAUGGCGAGUUCGAUGACAUUGACAAGAUUACCAUCUUCGCAGAUUACCGCAUUCCUCAGAUGCUACAUUCAUUAGGCAUAAUCUGGUACUGCCCGCCUCUCGAGAAUAAGAUACGCCGUCAGGGGAUCAUCGAAUCUGGCCACUCUUGGGAGAUGCAGAUACGGGGUUGUAGCAUCUGGGCUGCAGAGCUCCUCCGUAGAGAGAUUCUGAAGCUUCAACCAAACGCCAAGGUCAACGCUAUUCUCAUCGACUUCUUCCUGUAUGACCUUGCGAAAGAGAAGGAGAAAGAAGAGGCAGAGGUGAUACCACAUCAUCGAACACGAAGCAUAUGGUAUUGA